GGUGAAAAUGUCCCUGUAGACGGGAAGUGUAGAACUACUGUUGGUAUGGCCUGUGAUCGUUCUGUGAGGGGUUCCACAUCCUGCGCUAUAUGGGAAUAUAAAGCCAGCAUAGCAUCCUUGUUUAGCCGGAAUUUUUCUUAAUGCCCAGGCUGACAAAUUGGGCAGACCUGGACCCAACCCAAACCCACUGAUCCGCAACCAGCCACCCUGCUAUGCCCCUUUCCCAGACCCCCUAUCUGACCCUAUCCGUAGUGGGUUGCGCAAAAGUGACGUCACAGUGGGCUGGAAGUGAUGUCACUCCGGAGGCAGAUCAACUAGCUUCAGAGAGAAGAUGUUCCGUAUAGUGAUCCUCACGUUGGCUCUGGCUCUGCCAAUCAUGGGGAAGGGUAACGAUGAGGAAUGCCCCCCCGGCAAGUACUUUGAUGCCUGCGGCAGGUCGUGCCCGCCCACUUGCGCCACGCUGGACAGACUGGAAACCUACGGCAGCAACUGUUACCCCUCGUGUGUCUGUAUGCCGGGCACCGUGCUGCCCCAUGAGGGCGCCGAGCAGUGUGUGAGGAUCGCAGAGUGCCCCCCGGUGGGUCAAUAGGGAAUCACAAAUGAUUGUGUAUCUAAUGCCAAGCCGUGAAUUCAAGCAAUUUCCCAAUAAACAGAACACGAGGAGUCC